AUGAUCAAUAAUAAAUGGUGUGAUAGUAAGAACAUCGUCACACUGAAGCAGUCCUGUUCGCCUAACCUGGAGCUCCUGACGCUUAAAUGUCGUCCCUAUUACCUGCCCCGUGAGUUUACCUCGGUUAUCAUCAGCGCCGUCUAUAUUCCACCCCAGGCGGACACGAAUGCUGCACUAACUGAGCUACAUGAGGCUAUCUCCACCCUUCAGGCUAGUCAGCGUAAAGCGGCUUUCAUCGUAGCCGGAGACUUUAAUAGUGCCAACAUGACAAAGGUGAUGCCGGAGUUUACCCAACACAUCAACUGCCCCACCAGAGGAGAGAGGACUUUAGACCACUGCUACUCUCCCUUCAAGGAGGGCUACAAAGCCAAGCCCCUUCCCCCCUUUGGGAAGUCGGACCACACCGCUGUUCUUCUCAUGCCAAAAUAUAAACAGAAGCUCAAGCAGGAGCUAGCUGUGGUGAGAAAAGCAACGCGGUGGACUGACCAAUCAGAGGCCACUCUACAGGGUGCGUUGGAAUCAGCCGACUGGGACAUGUUCCGCAGCAGCGCGGGCGGAGACAUCGAGGAGUUUACGGAAGCUGUUAUGGGAUUUAUUGGAAAGCUCGUGGAAGAUACAACGCCUAAGAGGAUCAUCCGAGCCUUUCCAAACCAGAAGCCGUGGGUGGACAAAUCUAUCCGCGACGUUCUGCGCUCCCGCACAGCUGCCUAUAACUCCGGCCUCGCCACUGGGAACAUGGAGGAAUACAAGGCUGCUUCAUACAACGUCCGGAGGGCGGUGAAGGAGGCCAAACAACGCUACGGACGUAGACUGGAGCAUCAGAUGGAACACCCUCGUCCUCCACAAGACCCUCUCCCAUGUGGACACUGGUGGGUCCACAGCUUCCUGACCGGACGACCACAGGUGGUUAGGCUGGGUCACCACUCCUCAUCUCCCCUCACCCUCAGCACAGGAUCCCCCCAGGGCUGUGUGCUCAGCCCCCUGCUGUACUCACUAUACACUCAUGACUGUGAGGCCACUUCAGACUCAAAUGUCAUCAUAAAGUUUGCUGACGACACAGCCGUUGUAGGACUGAUCUCCCACAACGACGAGACUGACUACAGGAGGGAGGUCUCCCACCUGGAGGUCUGGUGCCAGGAGAACCAUCUCCUGUUAAAUGUCAGCAAAACAAAAGAGCUGAUAGUGGACUUCAGGAAACAGCAGAGGAGCCUCCAUCCACUCCUCAUCAGUGGCUCUGAGGUGGAACGUGUGGACACUUUCAGGUACCUGGGAGUGACCAUAUCACAAGACCUGACCUGGACUCAGCACAUCACAACAACUGUGAAGAAGGCCAGACAGCGUCUGUACCUCCUCAGACGACUGAGAGACUUUAAGCUCCCUCUCAGGGUGCUCAAGAACUUUUACAGCUGCACCAUUGAGAGCAUCCUGUGUGGGAGCAUCACCACGUGGAUGGGGAACUGCCCAAAGCAGGACCUCUUGGCCCUUAAAAGGGUGGUCCGAGCAGCCGAGUGGACCACCAGAACAACUCUCCCCAACCUGCAGGACAUUUAUGAGGAACGUUGCAGGUCAAGGGCUAAGAGGAUCCUCAGUCAGCCCAGCCACCCCGCACACUCUCUCUUCUCUCCACUGCCAUCAGGCCGGCGCUUCCGCUGCCUGAGGACUAAGACUGAGAGGCUGAAGAAGAGUUUCUUCCCCCUGGCUGUCCGCUUGCUCAACUCUGAGCACUGAACAAAAUAAAAGC